AUGAACUCCUCCAUGAAUGGAGUAAGUAGGCAGGAAAGCUUUGAGGAAGUUUUCAGCAAAAUAUUUGUAAGUGUUCUUCUUGGGUUCAUCAUCAUUUGUAUCAAUGGAUCAUUUGUUUUCACCUUCUUCAAGAGCUCAGUUUUUCAUAAUAAUCCAAGAUACAUUUUGUACAUACAUUUGGUUAUCAAUGACAUGAUUAUGGUUGGUAUGUCUGUGGCACUUCUGGUAAUGGUAUAUACAUGGAGGAAUGUAAGCAUUUCUUCUUGUUGUGUAUUAGUAAUCAUAGCUUCAGCCACUCAGAAAAACACACCACUAAACUUGGCAGCUAUGGCAAUAGAGCGUUACAUUGCCAUCUGUAAACCUUUGCAUCAUUCUCAGAUCUGUACCGUGCACAAAACCUUCAUUCUUAUUGUUUUCAUAUGGGGAGUUGGACUUAUUCCUCCACUGACGGACUUGGUUAUUUCUGCCAUCCUAUUUCCUUUGUUCAUUUUUAACACUGUUACUGUCUGCUCUUCAUCAUUUCUGUACAACACUGUUUACCAUGAUCAGAGGAAGCAAGCUACACAGGCAAUUUACACAUCCUUUGUGUGGCUUGUUCUCGUCUACACUUAUUGUAGGGUGCUGAUUGCAGCCAGAAAGAUGGCAAGUGACAAGGAAUCUAUUAAAAAAGCCAAGAGCACAAUCCUUUUGCAUGGAGUGCAGCAAUUGCUCUGUAUGUUGUCCUUUACCCCUCCCGUGUUAGACUUUGUUUUUGUUCGUAUUAUGCCUACUCAAUGGACAAAGAUUAGUUAUUAUGCUUAUUUGAUAACAAACAUCAUACCACGCUUGCUUAGUCCACUAAUUUAUGGUAUUCGAGAUCAGACAUUCGUCAAACACUUGAACAGAAAUUUCUCAUGCAGAGUGUUCAUUUUAAAAGUAGAAUCAGACAAAAGCGCAAUCACAAAGUAA